CCACAGUCGCACAGUUUUAUAACAACAACACAAUCUCACAUCAACGCCCAGAGAACUAUGGCCUUUUCAAAGAAGUGGUUGAAAAGACAGAAUUAUUUAGUGGUAUUUAAUAAUAGUUUGGUAAAAGAAGAUACAUUGUCAAUGGAGAAAGAAAUUCAAAUGUGUAGAGCUGAAGGAGCAUCUAAGAAGCAGAUUGAAGAAAUUGGUGCAGAAACUGAGGAAAUUAAAGCAGUUAAUUGUGAUAAUUUGAUACAAGAAAGAAACAGUCUAUUGCAUGUUCUGGUUGUGGAACAUGGCAGAUUGUAUUGGAUGUGUUGUGUCUGCUCGAAAUGGUUUCAUCCUGAGCAUUGUGUUGGUGAAAACUCCAAAAAUGAACCUGACGAUGAUAUUUGUUUGGAAUGUGAUUUUCUUUAUAGGAAGAGUCCAAAACAUAGAUGUAAAACCAGGUCAUUAAGAGAAUUUGCUAAAUUGGAUGAGCAUUCAAUCCUUCAUACAGUUAAAGUUUUAAAAGGAAAUACUUGGAACUGUUUUUGUAAUCUAAUAAGAAGCUGACUUCAAUGAGAUGGAUUGUUGUUUGUGCUGUUUUGAAAAAAUUGGAAAGAGGAGUUGUUUAGUUUUCAACCAGUUAGUUUCCAUCACAACUGAAAUAACAAUCUUACACUAGAUACCAAGUUUAUAAGGUGGAUGUAUCUUGACUUGACCAUGUAACAUGUUUGAUAAUUUUCAUUAUCCUCAACCUAUCGGCUAAUCACAUCUGUUGUAUCCAAGUGAUUGACCCCAGGUCAGGUAACAACAGGUAACAUUAGACAACUGGUUGAUGAGUGGAGAGGCAGGUCAUCAUAAAACUAUAAUGUUAUAACCUACAUCCUUUUUUGAA